UAUUCUAUGUCUAGAUUUUAGUAUGUAGAAAAUUAGCCUUUAUAAUCUUUAUUGAUGGAGAAUAAGGCCUUUAAAUAGGCACUGUACUGUACAGGUAUAAAUAAAUCUAGUAUUUAAUACCGAAUAUUCUAGAGUAAUUACAAAUAUUCUAGGAUAAAUCAAUUGGCCUAAAACUAUAUAAUCUAAUUAUAGUAACUUUCUAAUAAUUCAGCUUGGUUUUUGAUAGGCCACCAUUGACCUUUGUCUAUGCUAGAAGACGUUAGAGUAGAGCUGAGAAAGGGUAGUUUGGGGACUGAGAAAGUAGUUAUAACAGCAAGUAUUAUGUAAGGGAGGGUGUAGGUUUAUUCAGUGGGUACCUAAGUAUAUAAGGGGCCCAAAAAGUUAGAAUGAGGUGUGGAAUUUGUAAACAGUAAUUGGAGAGACUAGGCUCUCGAAUCCUAGAGUUUAUGGAAGGAGAAUUCUGACUAUUUUCUGUUUCUGUUUGGCUGUGCAUUUUUUUUUUUUUGGUUCCCUGGCUUGUUGUUGCUGUAUUGUUUGAAACUGACAGGUUGAUUCUUACCAAAGUGGUAUCAGAGCAUUCGUCUCAUGGGGCCAAAAAAAGAUCUGCAAACGGAAGUAUUGGAGGAGAGAAUGGAGUUGUUGCAGUCGGAAGUUAGGAAGGAAUUGGAUGGCUUCAGAAUUGAAUUUCAGCACCUUCCCAAAGAGCUGGAAUCGAUGAAGACAGAGGUUCUUAGGCUACCAGCUAUGGAGAAGAAGAUGGAUUUCUUGGUGGCUCAUUUGGCUCAGCUGUUACAGGCAUCGGGGAAGCCGACGGGGGGCUCUAUGACCAUGGAAUCUGACAGGCAGCGACGCACGAUGGAGGAGGAGCAUUCACCAGGCGGCCAGAAUUUUUCCCCCACACCCCCGAUCAUUGGGGAACCUUCCAGCCAGCCUCACGAUCAGCAACAGCCAUCAUCGGAGCCGCCGUUUGCGGGCCAGACCUUCAGCCAUGAUUAUCGGCCACCUCGAAUAGAGCUUCCGCUGUUUUCCGGGGAUAACCCCGACAGUUGGGUUUACAGAACAGAGAGAUAUUUCUUAUUGAUGCAUUUGACGGAGCCACAAAUGUUGGAGACGGCAAUCAUCGGACUCGAUGGGGAUGCCUUAACGUGGUUCCAAUGGGAAAAUCAGAGAAGGCCGAUCACUUCCUGGGCAACGCUGAAACGGCUAAUUUUACUGCGAUUCCGUGCGGCACCGAUUGGGUCAUUGUCUGAGGAGCUUCUGUCGAUCAUCCAAACGUCCACAGUCAAGGAUUAUCGGGUGCGUUGGGAGGUCCUUGCUUCACGUGUUCCAGAUAUCCCUGAGCAUAUUUUGGAAGGCAGCUUCAUGAGAGGUCUGAAGGAUGAGAUAAAAGCUGCUCUGCAUAUUCUGCAACCCAUUGGGUUAGCCCAAAUCAUGGAUACAGCACAGAGGGUUGAAGAAGGAAACCAGUUGCUGCAUUUGGGCCUUGGGUUUCGGCCCAGUUCGACUAAAUCAACUCAGUCCUUUCCAGCCCAUUUGAAACAAGCCCUAAACCAGUCUGCUUACCGUGUGCCUCAGUCGCACGCGUACGGACACCCAGCCUCAAGUGCGCCGUCCUCGUCACCGCCUACAUGCACGAUCGUUCCCAGUUCCGUCGCCGGUCAACCACCCAAACCGCAGCAGUUCCGACGGCUUACAGAAGCCGAAUACCAAGACAAGCGCGCGCGGGGUAUUUGCUUCAAGUGCGAUAAGAAAUUUUUUCGCGGUCAUGAGUGCGAACAGCGAGCAUUACAGGUCCUUUUAUUGUCAGAUGAAGAGGAUAAUGCGAACACAGAUGACUCCCCGCCACCUUCGCCAGAUUCAGAGGAACUUACAGCCGGCGAAGAAACUUUGGCAACCUUGUCCCUCAAUUCCUUGGUGGGCAUUUCAUCCGCCCAUACAAUGAAGUUGGCUGGCCAUAUUGGACAACAACCAGUAAUGGUACUCAUCGACAGCGGCGCGACCCAUAAUUUUAUUUCUAUGGAUGUUGUAUCGGCUACAGGGAUACCGAUUACAGCAACUACGUGUUAUGGGGUGUUGUUAGGCACCGGUGGGAAAGUGCGGACGGAAGGAAUAUGUGCACAAGUUGAGCUGGAUUUGGGAGCUUUGCGGGUGGUGACGGACUUUCUUCCGCUGGAAUUGGGAGGAGCUGAUGUAAUUUUGGGGAUUAAAUGGCUGGAAACGCUGGGCAAUAUGCAAGUGAAUUGGCGUACAAUGAUCAUGAAGUUUGAAAUGGCAGGAACUUGGAUAACAUUACAAGGAGACCCAAGUUUGUGUAAGUCGCCCAUUACAUUGAAAGCCAUGAUUUGUUCGGUAGAACGGGAAGCCCAAGGGUUUUGGGUUCACUUUGGGGCGUUAAUUACAGAGGAAGAGACGGCCAUUCCUGCAAUUCCAGCAGCCAUUAACUCUGUUUUACAGAAAUUCCAGCAAGUAUUUCAGUCAUCGUCGGGUCUCCCUCCUAGCCGAGCUAGGGAGCAUGUCAUCACACUUAAGCCCGGGUCACAACCUGUUUUGGUGAGGCCGUAUCGCUAUGCUCAGGUGCAAAAAAAUGAGAUUGAACGGCUGGUCUUAGAGAUGCUACAAGCGGGUAUUAUUCGCCCAAGUACAAGUCCAUUUUCGAGCCCGGUCCUUCUAGUGAAAAAGAAAGAUGGGAGUUGGCGUUUUUGCGUGGAUUAUAGGGCGUUGAAUAGGGAGACGGUGGCUGAUAAAUUUCCCAUCCCCGUGAUUGAUGAGUUGUUAGACGAACUCUAUGGAGCCCAAGUGUUUUCAAAGCUGGAUUUAAAGUCGGGUUAUCACCAAAUUAGAGUGGCUGCCAAGGAUGUGGAGAAGACUGCUUUUCGCACCCAUGACGGACACUAUGAAUUUCUAGUCAUGCCAUUUGGGUUGACCAAUGCCCCAGCCACAUUUCAAGCCCUUAUGAAUGAGGUUUUUCGCGACUAUUUAUGCAAGUUUGUUCUGGUUUUUUUUGAUGAUAUUUUGGUGUAUAGCAGCUCAUUGGAGGAGCACAUGCACCAUCUCAGCUUGGUUUUGGACCGCUUAUUAACUCACCAAUUGUAUGCCAAUCACAAGAAAUGUUUGUUCGCACAAGAGAGGGUGGAAUAUUUGGGUCAUAUAAUUUCAGCCAAGGGGCGUUUCAGCCGACCCAAGCAAGAUUUCAGCAAUGAAAGAGUGGCCAACCCCACAAUCAGUUCGCGAACUUAGAGGAUUUUUGGGUUUGACUGGCUAUUACUGUAAGUUUGUGCGUGGGUAUGGAGGUAUUGCAAGGCCUUUGACAGACCAGCUGAGAAAAGACGCGUUUGGGUGGUCAACGGAAG